AUGACACGAGACCAGCUGGCACCCCCCCCCCGCUGGCACACACCAGCCCACCCACCCCCGCUGGCUCCCGCUGGCACACACCACACUGCACACCAACCAAACAGCCGCCCCCUGCCCACACACCAACCACAACAGCCCGCCCCCCUGCCGGCACACACCACCACAACAGCCCGGCACACACCAACCACAACAGCCAGCCCCCUGCCGCACACCACACACCACACCAACCACAACAGCCGCCCCUGCCCACCAACCACAACAGCCGCCCCUGCCGGCGCACACCAACCACAACAGCCCCACACCAACCACAACAGCCAGCCCCCUGCGGCACACACCAACCACAACAGCCCGCCUCCUGCACACACACCAACAGCCCCCCUGCGGCACACACCAACCACAACAGCCAGCCCCCUGCCGGCACACCAACCACAACAGCCGCCCCCUGCCGCAACCACAACCAACCCACAACAGCCCGCCUGCCCACACACACCAACCACAACAGCCCGCCCCCUGCCGGCACACACCAACCACAACAACCGCCCCUGCUGCCACAACAGCCAGCCCACACCAACCACAACAGCCAGCCCCUGCGGCACACACCAACCACACACAGCCCCCGCCACACACACCAACCACAACAGCCCGCCCCCUGCGGCACACACAACCACAACAGCCCCCCCCCUGCCGGCACACACCAACCACAACAGCCAGCCCCUGCGGCACUCGUGCACACACACCAACCACAACAGCCAGCCCCCUGCCGCCUCACACACUAACCACAACAACCCGCCCCCCUGCCGCACACACUAA